AUCGGCUAGUGUCGUGAUCAAGAACAGAGACAAAGGAUCCCCUCUCAUCAAGAACCGACUCACCUGUCUGGAAAACAAUGAGGACCGUCAGUGCCCUUUGCUGUCUGCUUGCCGUAUCCCUUUUCAUGUGUGGGGGGUCUGUCACAGCCAAGCAGAUGCACUUUGGGAAAUGUGCCUUGAACCUUCACCUGCACAAUUUAAGGGAACAUUUCAACGAAAUGGACAGUUUCAUUCCGCAAGGUGAUUCGAGCAUUGCACUUCUGGACAGAGAUGCACUGAAUGAUAUAAAGCCCGCGGAGAGCUGCUGCUUCUUGCGCCAGGUGCUGGUGUUCUACCAGAGAAGCGUCUUCAGUCACUACACGUCCAAACACCCCAUUGUCAAGAGGCGAUGCAGCAGUCUGGCUAACAGCUUCUUCAGCAUUGAGAAACCACUGACGGAGUGUCACCGACGCAUGAUGUGUCACUGUGGAGAAGAAACCCGGCUGAAAAUGAAAGAGCUUCAGAGCACUUAUGACAAGUUGGAUGCUCAUGCAGCUCCAGAGAAAGCAAUCAGUGAAAUCCAAAUUUUAUUAUCCUGGAUGGAAAAACCCCAUGACUACUAACGAUGCAUCUGUUGCCACGGUGACGCUCUAGAGCUUUUCAGAAGCACAAUACUAUGUUUAAAAAAUGAUAUAUUUAUAUUCCUAUGCUGUUUAACUGGUUAACUAUAUUUAUACUAAAU